AUUUAUUACCAAAUGAUGCAUGCCCACGUGUGUCUUCAUUCUACUCCACUAACGUAUGUCAUUACUUUAUCGACCGCAGGAUAUGAAAAAGAACGUCAGGAUGGAUCUCCGUAUCGAGAUCACAAAUGAAAUUCGAGAGGAAUAUGAGAGAUCUGCUGAGCAAGAAGCGGCCAUCUACCAGUUCGAGAUUGAGGAGCUCAAGACGGCACUGGAGAAGGAAAAGCGGGAAAAGGAGCAGCUGAAGAGCGUCCUGGACGAAUUUGAGUCGAGCCUCGCGGAUAUUGCAGUGAGCACGGCAACAGAAAUCCAGAUGAUCAAGGAGCAAAAUGCAAAGUUGACAGUGACUAAAGAGGAGACCGAAGAGGCGUUUGUGCUUCUCAAAACGCGAUACGAUGAGCUGAAGGACCUCAAUUUCAAGCAUGUCGAGAAUGAAAUGAUAUUGAGGAGGGCUAUUGAAACUCUGAAGCAGGACUUUGAGACGAGUGACAGUCGAUAUGAAAGCCUGAAGAGCCAUGCGGAUGCAAAGCUGCUGCAAGCAAGUCAAGAGAUGGAGCAGGCACGGAUAGUGUACGACAGCGAGAUUGCGAUGCUGAAAGCUCAGCUGGGUCGACAGGAGAUGCAGAUGCGCACGCUUGAGCAGGCACUCGAGAUCAAGAACAAAGAGAACGAGGAUCUAAUCCUCUUCUCAGAGGAGUUGAUUGCGAAGCUUAGUUAGCGUGACCAUUGCAUACAGCACACUAUGUAACAUAUUAUCAAAUAAACUAUCAUCUCAAUGAGUG